AUAAAUAUUAAUUUGUAUAAUAAGGGCUAUAUGUAGGUCUUCGUAAGAUUUAAAAGAAAAAUGUCAGUUCUUGAAAACAUGACAUUCACACGCGUCUCUGUCUCAUCAAUUAACUUAAACUCCUCAGGUGUGUCACCUGUUGGCCACCACGCGUCUUUGUAUCAUCAAUUAACGUAAAUUAACUCAAGCGCAGCCCCAGCUCAUAGUGGACGUUUACAGACGCGCAGGAGUGUGGCGCACCUCGGGUGAUUUGCCUAUAAGUUAGCUCUCUGUUGGGCGGUAAGCGGUUCUAGAAAGAACAGUUCGCUCUCUGUCGUCUGCGAGUGGUUCAAACCCCGGAUAGACCGAAGAGGGGAAGAGAUGUUCAACGAGUACCGUGAUAGGAAAGUCAAAGCGUUGCUCUUCACACGUUGAGACAUCAACGUGUGUGCAGUUGCGCAGGAAAGAGCCAACUCAACACUGAAGCACUGCCACCAUAGCCUCCUCACAACCGUGGUCCACUUCUGUAUUACUCUUCCCUGGUUGAGUCGUCUCCUCAUGUCAUGAAUCCGUGCAGCAUCACCCCGCGGUCCUUCCAUCUGCCACCCGAGGGAACUGUGUCCCCCAACUCUCUGCCCAGCCCACCUGACUACGAGACUCCUUACCAUCACCCCGACCUCCAGAGGUCAGCCCCUCCCUCUCAGCCUGAGUUCCCCCCGAACCCCACCUCCUUCAACCCAGGCCUGUUCUCCUAUCCCUCCCCAUGCCAGGCCAUAAUCCCUGCCUCGCCGACCGACCUCCCUGUCACCAGCCCCGCCGCUCUGCUCUCAUUGGCCUCGCCCUUCUCCCCGGCUAUGCUCCCAUCGCAGGGUCCAGAGGGUCCUUUUUUCCCGGACCUAGAGUGCGCCGUGUGCUUCAGCCAGUUCAACAACGUCUUCCGCUGUCCCAAGAUGCUUCUGUGCAAGCACACCUUCUGCCUUGAGUGUCUGGCGCGUAUCAAUGUCAAGUCUGUCCACCCCGACACAAUCCAGUGCCCCCUGUGUCGCGGGCUGACCCACCUGCCCAGCCUGGGCCUCCCCAAGCUCGACACGGACCCGGCCGUGCUGUCCUACCUCCCGGCCGCCAUGCAGAAGGUCUACAGCAUCCGCUUCAACCGCACCAAGGGCAAGCUGCAGGUCAAGAGGUCAUCUGAAGGGCCUAUGAGGUGGGGUCAGAGGUCCCUCACUCCUCUGCAGUCGGUCAGCCACUCACUUGAUGUGGGGAUUCCCAGUCCAAGGAGGGAGGGGGUGGAGGAGGGGGUGAUGGGGGGCUUUCUGUUCCGGCUGACCGACCGACCUGUGUGUCGCGCCGUGCUCCUCACCUCUGUGGUAACCAUGAUGAUGCUGUUGACCGGCAUCGUCAUUUUCCUCCUCACCUACAAAGGCAACUGAACACAAAGAGUCACAAAUCACCAGGGGUACAAUAACCUCUAACCCUACCCUCGGGUGAAGUUCUAGAGGUCUUUGGCCUCCUGGAGCAUGUUGAUGGCUUUGGAGGGCCGCCACUAGAUUUCAAGAUUUGAUUAAUUCAGAAAUGGUGUGUUUUUCCAGACCCCGGAACCCAGCGGUCACCAUGUAAAGGUUUUCUGUGAGGCAGGUGUUCUCAGCUGCUAUGCAACUGGAUGGAGUCUAGCUAGUACUGUGUAGCUAAGAUGGUGUUGCUAAGAUGGGCUAGCACUGCAGGGCUAGUCUUGCUGUAUUUCAGCUUGGCUAGCAUAGCUUGGCUAGCUUGCGGUACAUGUGCUCGGCUAGCAUGUAGCUUGUUUUAGCUUAAGUGGUUUGGCUUGAUUUAGCGGUUUGUCAUCAAGAUGUCUCUACUUAAACGAAUUGCAAUCUCCAGAAGAUAACUUGAAUAUAUAUAAGAAAGGGUAUAAAUAUAUUUAAGUCCUAAGUCAAUAUAUUGAAUGUGCCUGUUUUAAGAUGACUAUCUGAUGAAUUCAGAUGAGGAACAAAAUGUGCCAGUUAGCAUAUUUGUGCAAUGUUAAUUUUUUUUUACAAAGUUUUAGGCUGUAUACCGAUGUUUUAGAGCAGCCCUUGUUUUAAUAUGUAUGAUAAAAAUAAACCAUAUUUUUAGUUAUCAGUUCCCCUAAUAUGCAU